CCAAAAAAGGUGACGGAACUCCGUUCUGGGCGUUCUAUGAGAAAAAAAGCCCUGAGUGUCCCCAUUUCCUCUUACGAGCAACGCCGCAUCAGACAAACCAGUGUUUCUCAACCUCAGCAACUUUAAGAUGUAUAGACUUCAGCUCUUAGAAUUCACCUGCCAACAUGCUGGGAGUUGAAGUCCACACAUCUUACAGUUGCUGACGUUGAGAAACACCGAGCUAAAUAUGUGAAGAAAAGAGCAUUGUCCUCAGGACUAGAACUUUCUCAACGCGCGUAGGUGGGAAACACUUCAACUACAUUUCCCGACUUGCAUCGCAACGGCGGUACGGGAUGAGUAGCUCUGAAAGGCACCGGGCGGAAGACGGAAGCUUAAGGAGCAUCUGAAUGUUCUAUCCGCUGGGAGUUGUAGUCUUGGGGAGCUAAAGAAGGUUGAUUGGUGUGGGUAGAAUCGACAUCGGAGCUGGCGAAACCCGGGAGUGCCUGGACGAGAAGGAAUGGAUAAAUUAAAGCGAGUUCUCAGUGGACAAGACGCGGAGGACCCGGGACCUCUGGCAGAGAUAGCUGAUGCAACUACCUUAAGCUGGAGUACCAGACUGAAAGCCUUCAUAGCUUGUUUUAUAAUAGGAGUUGUGUGUUCUAUUCUGGGUUCAUUUUUACUAAUGGUUCCCAAGAAAGGACCUAUCUUGUUUGGAGUAUUUUAUACCUUGGGAAAUAUCUCCUCCAUUGGAAGUACCAUGUUUCUUAUGGGACCAAUGAAACAAUUAAAAAGAAUGUUUGAACUGACUCGUUUGAUAGCUACAAUUGUUAUGCUUCUAUGCCUCAUAUUAACUCUGUGUGCAGCUUUCUGGUGGCAUAAUAAAGGGCUUACUAUCCUCUUUUGCAUUUUACAAUUCUUUGCCUUGGCAUGGUACAGUAUUUCCUACAUACCAUUUGCAAGGGAUGCUGUGAAAAAAUGUUUUGCUGCGUGCCUCACAUAACAGGCUAAGUUGGCUAUCUUUUUACAUUGAAGACUACAACACCUGCACAACCAAAUGAUUCUUAAAACAGCACACACCUGCCUAAGAACAAAGCAUUAAGGUGUUAAGUUAACGUGAAUCAGAAGACAAAGCUACUAUAUAUCCCCCUGAAGAUAACACAUUUUAUGAAAAUUUCAAGAUAAAUUAUGUCUCAUCUUCACUUGCAAAACUAAUACUUAAUGUAUGCCACAAAAUUUUUUUCUUCAGGUGAUUUUAUUUCAGAAGUAAAAUGGAUAUUCUAAUUGUGAAAGGGAUCGGAUGAGAUUUUACUACUUUCUAUCAACCAAUUUCUAUCAAAAAGUUCAAAGGACAGAUUACAUUUUGGAAAACAUUAGCUAAGCAGGUAGUGAAUUUUUCUCCAUAACAUACUUUUACUUGCUAUCAAAAGACCAUUUCUAAAUGUCUCCUUACCUUCUAAAAAUCAUGAUUGCAAAUUGUAUGAGGGAAGUUACUGGAAUUAAUUUGUUGUCUAACAGGAUAGCAAGUAUAAUUCUUUACUUUAAAUUGUAUGAAUUAGUGUCUGUUUAGAAAGAAAAUCAGUAAUUGGAGAAAAAUAGGAGUCAUAACGAUAGAUAAGAUGAUUUCUGCAAGCAUUUCUAUUUAUGGACUUUUAUACAUGUGGCCUUGAAAUAAAAUCUAGACUUCUGCCUUUAUUGCUGACUUACAUUUUGAAAAAAAAUCCUCUCCUUGAUGCCACUGUAGUGGCUCCCUCAUUUUCAUUUUCAUGUUGGUCAACUCUACAUGUACAACUCAUUUUGUACAAUUCAAAAGUGUACCAUAAUCUAACUGGAGAGACAAACAUCUUAGAUUUUGAGUGCCUUUUUUUCUCAUCCUGUCUUUUCUUUCAAUAUUUUGUUUGGUUGCAUAAUUUAUCACUGUGGUUCGUCAUGAAAGAGGAUCAUAUUAUGUUUCCUGCUUUGAUUUCCCCAUAGGAUAGUAUACUGAGAUUAUUUAUACUGCCGGAUGCUAGCAUAUUGACAAUUUUUGCUGCAUUCCUUUUUUCUCCUUUAUGCAUUGGCAUAUUCCUUGGUUAUCUCUCAUAAAGUAAAAGUGUGUGUACAUGUUAAGAAUUACUUGAGAGUUUUUGCAGUUGUUUUAUCUUGAUGCUAUGCUAUGCUUAUUUAAAAAAAAUCCAACAAUUUUGCCUUUGGUGGAGUUCAUGAACUGUAAGCAUUUAUUGCCAAAAGAAAAAUUAUAUACAAUCUACAUUCAUUAUACUGCCUUUUCUGAUCUCUUUCGUCUUUUGAAAGAGACUAAUACAGGAUAUAAGAGCACAGAAAUUUCCCAGUGAGGAGUAGCCACAUUAACUCUGAUUUUGUACACAGUGGAACCAAUAUUUGUAUCUGUCUAACUAGUUUAAUAUUCUUUGAUAAAUGUUGUUGGUUGUUUUAUUCCAGAGAUCUUGGAAAGUUAAUUGUAUUGUGCUGCUUACCAAAACCAAGCAUAUUUAUAGAUUUGUAAGUUUGAUAUUUGUAAAAUAAUUCACUUAAUUACAACUCUCAUUAUGAAUGAAGCACAAAAUUGUGUACACUGAUUGUAAAUGAAUUCAGGUAAAACAAUUCUAAGUAAUGUAUUAAAAUUAGGUCUACAAGGCCUCAGUUUUAAGAAAUGAAUACAUAUGUUUCUUUCCUUCA